UUACGCAGCCGCUGGGGAACUGUGGGGGGAGGGGUUGGGAGGCAAACCAGAACUGAGGGGCGGUUCCGCGAUGCGUGCGCCUGGACAUCCGGGCAUCGCCUCCGUUCAGUCCACCCCCUCCCCUCCCAUGACAACAGGAAGAGGAAGUAAAAAUGUGGGUAUCCUUGCUGCCUCUUAGCAACUAGAGGGGUCAAGUGACUCCAGCCAGCUGACUCCCACAGAGGAAGUCGCUGUGGCGGCCCGUGGUGGAACUAUUGCAACCAAGAUUGCCGGGUCGGGGAGCCGAACCCCACAGUCAUCGUCAGAAUGUCGGGCAAAGACCGAAUUGAGAUCUUCCCCUCGCGAAUGGCACAGACCAUCAUGAAAGCUCGUUUAAAAGGAGCACAAACAGGCCGAAACCUCCUGAAGAAAAAAUCUGACGCCUUAACUCUUCGAUUCCGACAGAUCUUAAAGAAGAUAAUAGAGACUAAAAUGCUGAUGGGUGAAGUGAUGAGAGAAGCUGCCUUUUCACUAGCUGAGGCCAAGUUCACAGCAGGGGACUUCAGCACCACAGUUAUCCAAAACGUAAAUAAAGCUCAAGUGAAGAUUCGAGCAAAGAAAGAUAAUGUAGCAGGUGUUACUUUGCCAGUAUUUGAACACUACCAUGAAGGAACUGACAGCUAUGAACUGACGGGUUUAGCCAGAGGUGGAGAACAGUUGGCUAAGUUAAAGAGGAAUUAUGCCAAAGCAGUGGAACUACUGGUGGAACUGGCUUCACUGCAGACUUCCUUUGUUACUUUGGAUGAAGCUAUUAAGAUAACCAACAGGCGUGUAAAUGCCAUUGAACAUGUCAUCAUUCCCCGGAUUGAACGUACCCUUGCCUAUAUCAUCACGGAGCUGGAUGAGAGAGAGAGAGAAGAGUUCUACAGGUUAAAGAAAAUACAGGAGAAGAAAAAGAUUCUCAAGGAAAAAUCUGAGAAGGACUUGGAACAAAGGCGAGCAGCUGGAGAGGUGAUGGAGCCUGCUAAUCUUCUGGCUGAAGAGAAGGAUGAGGACCUUCUGUUUGAAUAAUCUUCCUGUUCUGGUUCUUUCAGAAACCCUAAUACUGGUUCCAUUUUACUUCACAGUGUAUAGGUUUGAUUUGUGUGGCUAUUUAUUUUUGGCCUGAGAAUUUCACUGUUUGUAAAAUUUACCUGGAUGUCUAUUUAUGGGAUUACUUUGGCAGAUUCACAAUUCAGCAACCAUUUAUCACAGAUGAGAUUUGUAAGGCCUGCCCAGGAACUUACAGAAUUUACUCUGCAGAAGUGUUACCUUACUCCAUCUACGUCUGUUACAUGUGAUCUGCUUACCAAGUGUAUUAGGAUAUCCCCUUAGGAAUCAUUAGUGGUCUCAGGCCAACUUCUGUGGAGCAGCCUUCAUUUGUACCUGUUCGCAAACCUUGGCGCUAUUGUCACCAUGGUACUUCUCAGGCUUGAUGGAAACCUUAUUUUUCCUUGCAUGACAGGUCUGUGUCUUGUCUGUCAGGGGAGUUCAGCCAACUUCAAUGUGACUAUGGUAUAUACAUAGUAAAAUGAUUUAAAAAUAAGUUAUUAUUUUUUAAUUUAUUUACUGCUAAGAAUGCCGUGUUCUUAUGCUCAGAUCAGCACACAGUAUUGCCAUCCACAGAGCUUUCUCUGCAGACAUGUAGGAAGUAGGGGCCUUUACCCCUUCAUAUAUCAGUUUUACUAAAACUUUGAAACUUCCAUUUUGGGGUACUGCUAAAUGAUUGCCAAUGAGUUAAGAGGGCUUCAUAAUACUUCCUUCUUUCCUAAUCGCGAGACCUCAUCUCUACAAUAAAAAUAAAAAACUUA